GCAAGGCACUGUGUAUAUAUAUAUGUAUGUAUGUAUGUAUGUAUAUAUAUAUGUAUAUGUGUGUGUGUAUAUAUAUAUAUAUAUAUCUCUACCAUUUUUAGAUGUCUCCCAGUAUCAUAAUAAUUCUGGAGUUUGGAACAUAUCACAUUUUUUAGAUACCGUUUUGGUCUCGUGUUACACAAUGAUUUGCAGAUUAGGAAUUGAUUUGUUUUUCUCAUCACCAAUGUAUUAACACUUUCUCAUCCAAGCCGUGUUAUUACCAAUGAGCCAUGUAGAAUCAUGAGGAAGACUAAUCUUCCUGACUCUAUAAACGUCUUUUCACUUGAAGCACAAUAGCGAGAGAAUAUCUGUAUGCAAUUCACUGCCUUGCUCAAUGGAUGGCGCUCUUGUAUUUGUAUUCAAUGUUCCUGAAGUUUCCAUGCUUGACUUAACCAAAAAUACAAAAGAGAACAAUUUAUGGGUACUAAGAUUUGAGUUUAUUUAAAAAAAUAACAUUUGCCAAGGGUAUGAGGGACUCUUCUCUCUUUUUAAGUAACAUUUGUCUUUUGAGAGGCAGUUCAAACAUGCGGCUCAAAAUAGUCACCCUUCAAGGGAAUAUUCCAUGACUUCGAGGUGGCAUGUGCAUCUUGAAUUGGAACCAACCAUUCCCCACAAUACCAUUAAGCUAUAUCCCAAACAAUAUUUCUGUGUGUGUGUGUGUGUGUGUGUGGGGGGGGGGGGGGGGGGGGGGGGCGCGCGUGUGUUUGUGCGCUUACGCUGUAUGAAACCAUUUUGCAACAAAAAAUUGCAGCUCAUAAGGCACAAACAGGUCAUCUUUAAUGAAAAGAUGAUGGCUAACUAAGAAAUGGGUGUAUGUGUGCUUUCUCCUCUCCUUCCAAUGUAACAAUAUUUGCUUACAUCAACAACAAUUAUUAUUAUUUUUUAAAGAAUUGGAUGGCUUACAGACAACAUCUUGAACAUUUGACUUAGACUGCAAACAUUUUUGUAUAAAAAACAAAUGACUGAGGUUGUAUAUGUUCAAGUUAUUUUUGUAAACCCAAAGUUUUACAAUGUUUUUAAAGAUAAUCUAUAUUGACGGAUGCUAAAAUUAGUGGAAGAUAAGCUUAUAGCCUGGGUUUAUGGAGGAGUCAGUAUUCAUCAGAAUGGACAGUUUGGCUGUCAAGGUUGAUCACAAAAGAGCCUCCUAAACUCAAAGGUUUCUCAUUAGCAAACUAGUUUCCUUCUUGCUGACCUGACGAUAUGAUUUGAGAAUAUAUAUUUAUAGUGAGAAUCUUUUUUUUUUUCUUUUUUUCCAGAAGCUUCCUUUUGGAAUGUUUAGUUGAGAAACUUUUAGUAUCUUUCCUACGUGUCAAGCAGACUGGCUUUUAUUUGUUUGUUUUUAUUUGAAUUUUAAGUUUAUUUUUUAUUUCUCACCACCAAUCCAUGCAAUGCUAACACAUUACAGCAAUGAUUCAAUACUUGAUUGUUGGUGUUUUCAACCUAUACUCUUGCUGCAAUCCCUCUCUCGGAAUAAGAUGGCUUUGAAUUUGUUUUACUAAGUAACUGACCCAUUAUUUUUCUAUAGUACAUUUUCUCAUUUCUAUGGGACAGAAUAGUCAUCAGCAACAUGAACAUGGGAUACUUUAGUUGCAUGGGACUGGAAUUGUUGCAUGUAAAUGACUAUCCAUUUAAACAAAUUUGUGCAUUAUUUUGAGCUGAUUUGGGCAGUCCUGGUUUUGUGACCAGUUUUUUUCAUCUUUUCAUGUUUGGAGAGGAGAGGCUGUGACAGUGCAAUCUGGAUGGAAAGAACAUCUGAUUUUAAUUGUUUUUUUUUUGUUUUGUUUUGUUGAUGCACUGUUUGAAUAAAUUCUCAUUGUAUUUCAACAACAUGGUGGCAAUCCCAAAAGUUUUACUCUGUUUCUGACUUUUUUGGGGGGGGGGGUUUACAAAUGUAUGGUAGGUAUUCCAGAGAUGUACAGAAAAGGGAUUCUGUUUUUCAAUGUGCUCAUUGGAUGUACAAUAAUGUUGGAUGAAAGGUGAGAAUUGGUAUUAUCUUGAUCUAAGGAUGAUGUAAUUGUGACACCGUUGAUUUAUAAUCUUUCGUGGCCAAACGAUGUAAACAUAAAUAGUACCGUAGUCCAGUACAUUUAUCGAUCAUCUGACCAAAUGACACCAGAUUUUAGUUCUGGGUUAACUGAAAUUACAUUGUUAGAGUCAGUUUGUACAUCGAUACAUCUACAUCUGAUGCCAGCCAGUGGAUUUAAAUGUAAAACUAUUGGAUUAUAUUGUCCAAUUAUCAAUUGUGUUGAAACACUCAAAUCAACCAUGCAAGAGAGACUUAACAGCAAAAGCUGUUUUUACAUAUUAGAAACAACUCAUCACAGCAUUACACAUUAGAAGUAACUUUCACCCAGAUGAUGCAGCCCACACUGCCUGAAGCUGUUCUAUGUAUUAGAGAAAUUGGAGACCCUUAUUUAAUAUUGAAUAGGGUCCCAUGUGGUCGAACGAGGUUUGGAUUUAUAGCUCGUUCACAAGGACACGGUCUCCCCACCUGGCUGUUAGGAGGGACAGACUGUACUUCAUCCAUUUAGAAUUUCUAUUUGCUCAUCGAAAGGAAUUUAUGCAGUACAUUCCCACUGGAAUAUUCUUCCAAUAGCAUCUGUCUGCAUUACUGCAGUACUACCUUUCUACAUUGUCAGUUCCGAUGACAGAGCAGCCAUUUAUCAAAGGAUCAACUGCAGGUACUGUAUCACUCAUCCAUCACUUGCCUUUGUUAAGACUAAUAAGACUAACGCCUACAAAUGGGUACCUUUUCUUGGGGGGGGGGGUUUAUUUUGUAUGUAGUUGUAUGCUGGUUGAAACUACUGGUCAUUUAUGUAGAUUUUGAAGUAUUGUUUUUAUUGCUUCUGUGCUCUUUAAGCUUAGUCAUCCUCAUGGCUUUUUCUUAUGUUUACAUCAUUGCUUCCAUUCUUGUUUGAAAUUCUCAAGGUAGGCGAGAAGUUGAACACUUAGUGACAAUGCCAUUUUACAGAAUACUACAAAUGCAGCAUCCAACUCAUUCUGCAUUAGUAACAUGGGUAUAAUGAUUUACAACUAUUUUACAAGCAUGUAUGAUCCUGUAAAAUGUUAUAAUGCGGCUGAUGUGAAGUAUCUAUAUGAGUUAAUGGGACUAGACUGUCUAAGAUAUCACGUUUUUAUUUCAGGUGGUUUUCGAAAGUUCUAAUUUCAGUGAAUCAGUUUGUCAAUUACAAAUGACAGUGUAGCAUUGGAGGCAAAACACUUGUAUUUAGAAAUAUAUGUGCAUCUGUGUAUAGGCCUGUAUUUAACAACUUAUUAAUUGGCCCAUUUGAACCAUCACUAUUUCCAUAAAACUAGGCUUACUUCAAAAGCUCUACAUACCUUUCCUAGACCGAACAUGCACACCUUGUGGCUUAAUUUGCAGGACCAUUAGUGAAGAACAAACUACUGGUAAAACAAAAAAAUGGAUUCCUAUUAGAUGCUUUUUUACACUGCUGGCCCUUUAAGAGGCUCUACUGCACUUGCUUGUUUUCACUGGUGUGUGUCGUUUUAACUAUGGUGAGGGGAAACAACAAAUGGAACGCAAGAGGGACAAGCAGAGGUAUACAUUAAUUCCCCUUACCAGUGACUGACAACCUAUAAGCAAAUAUUCCUGACAGGCGGUACAUUUAUGCGUGGCGUGCUCUACACAGUAGCGUACAGACAUGGAUGCUUUCGCCAAUGAUAAACGUGAAAGAAACUAAAUUAGUUUGUAAUUCAGAGACCACUUCUGUUCUCGAAACCGGUGAUGCAUGGACUCGCUGACAUUCGAAGAAAGUGGACCGUUUCUUAUGUUUUCCUGGAAAAGACAUGGAGCGAUUAAAGGCAUUUUUUCUUCUCGCCAUCGGAAAAAACGUAAAUUAACUAAAGUCUGAUAGCUUACUUUCUGUAGUUCGUGCCGAGAGAGUUGGACAUUGGACGUCAAAAUGUUAACGGGAUCCAAAACCACGUUCAAAGUGAGGCAAAUGGUUCCAGAUAUAAAGGAGAGGAUGCUGAGUCACAGUGGUGUCAACGCACGGGGUAGAGAUGUGUUUGGACUGCGCUGCUUACCAGGAGAGUGUGUGCUGCAGAGGGCUCUGUUGGUGAGGAAGAAGCUAACUGCCAAGGAGGGGGGUGGAUGGCUGUCUGGCACUCUCUUCUGUACCCACUUCAGAGUGGCCUUUGUGCCUCAGGACAGCCCCAAACCUGACGACAACGCAGACCCUGUGCUCCUGGGGGAUCAUGACGUGGCCCUGGCCUCCAUUGAGAAGGUUGUAGCUGUGGGCCCAUCCCGGACCAAGCUGGUGACGGCUAGCUCCUCUCUGAAGUUCACUCCUGAGGAGCUGGUGUUGUACUGCCGGGACCUGCGUGUUCUCUGCUUCCUCUUCGACCGCCUCACCCCCGACACACAGGCUGUGGAGAUAACGUACACCAUUGCCAAGACCUACCAGCCUCUGAAGCCAGGGACUGUCCUCGCGUUCCAGAAUGCAGCCCUGGGGAGCGUUGAGAUGAAGCAGUUCUUGAGCAACCGUAGGCGUGACUCCCACAUGAACUGGUUUGAUAGUUCUUCGGACUGGGAGCAGGAGCUGGAGAGGACCGGGGCCUGCGGCUGGAGGGUCAGCUCUGUCAAUGACCGCUUUGAGAUGUCCACCAGUCUGCCCAAGUUCAACGUGGUCCCCCAGAAAGUUCUAGACACUGAGCUGAAGAAGACCUUUGCCCACUUCAACGAGGGACGCAUUCCUCGCUGGUGUUGGCGUCAUCCUCGGGGCAGUGACCUGCUACGGAUGGCCAGCUUCCAGAACAACAUCUAUCAUGAGAAGGAUGACAUCAGGAACCUGGAGUUGAUCCUGUUUGGGGGCCAGUCUCUAUGUGUGGUGGUGGAGCUGGGAGACGAGAUGCCUUCACCCACAGACAUACAGCUGGCACACACCCGCCUACGGGCUCUGUGUCUGGGAGACAUCUCCACAUCUGUGUCGGUGCCAGAUGACAAAUGGCUGUCUACGCUGGAGAGCACCCAUUGGCUGGACUACACCAGGUGCUGUCUGAGGAAAGCUGCUGAGGUGGCCUGCCUGCUCCGCGGAGGUCACCUGACCGUGGUGCUGCAAGAGGCGGAGGACCGAGACAUGACCUGUGUGGUGUCCAGUCUGGUCCAGGUGAUGUGUGACCCCCACUGCAGGACCAGGGUGGGCUUCCAGGGUCUGGUGCAGAAGGAGUGGGUGAUGGCUGGACACCGCUUCCUCAGCCGCAUCAACUACCACAGGGACAGCGAUAAGGAAGAGGCACCAGUGUUCCUGCUCUUCCUGGACUGUGUGUGGCAGCUUUGGGUCCAAUACCCAUGCCGCUUCCAGCUGACAGGGGACUUCCUGCUGGCCCUCCAUGACAGUUUCCACCUGCCCCUCUUCAGCAGCUUCCUGGCCAACUGCCACAGGGAGAGGUGCAAACGUUCACAGAACCUAUCCCAGAGUUACACUCCAGUGAAUGGCUGGAGAGACCUGGUACCCAGGGGCUCCUUCCCAGACCCCUCAGACCCCCCUCUGCCCCCUGUGUGGGACUGGGCUCUGCAGUACAGCAGCCAGAGACGUGAACGUUUCACCCAGCCAGUGCCCCCGCUCACCCUGCCACAGCCCCUACUCAACGGCAACCUCAACACCAACCCUGAGGCACACAGGCUGAGUGACAGCGCACCAGGUUCUGUGUUCCUGCUCUCCAGGGGCUCCUUCUCCUGCUCUGCUAACCUCCUGCCCUGGCGCAGUGGAGGGGGCUCAGGCGUCUACCGGAAGAGCCACCGGAGAGGGGGGUCCUCCUCAGAGAACCUGCCGGGCCUGGAGAGGCUUCUGAAGGCCUGGGCCCUCACAGAGCUCCCUCAGGGCCACACCACCACCACAUCCGGUCUCCAGGGGCCCCUGGACUCCUACGAGCCUCUGCUGCCCCUGCUCCUGGGGCCCUGCUUAGGUGUGUGGAGGGACUGCUACCUCCGUGGGGCUCUUCAUGCUCAGGCAUUCUCCCACCCCAUCUCCUCAUCCACUCAGCACCCAGUGGAACAGCUAGCCUGGGAGGUCCAGCAGCUCAGAGACAAGCUGACGUUGGCCUCCAGCCCCACUAACACAGUCCCAGCCAAGACACAGGAGCCCCGUCGGACAGAUUCCAACCUCAACCAGAACACCAACAAUAGCACCUUCCUCUUCCCAGCCUCCAGACCCCCUGGGCCGGUUGCCUCCAGAAUCACGCCCCCUAUCUCAAACCUCCAACCCAGGGUUCCUCCAGCUCGUUCUAGAGCUGGUCACAGAGACAGCAGCAAGCACACAUUCCUAUUUGGCCACCCAUCCUCUUCAGAGUCCCGUCCAGACCAGCGUUACUUGCCCGCGCCCAAUAAUAAUGCCAAGCUGCCCAAGAGCAACGGUCCUUCACUGGGUUCCUGAGCUCUGGGUGUCCCCUGUCAGUUAGCACAAAUGGUACAAACUGUUCCCCCGGCUCUGAACUCUAGAAUGAGAUCACCUAUACACACCCUCCAAGACUCUAUUUCCUUCCCUGACACCUGAUCUCUGGGUGGAACCAGAUGUGAUUUUCCUGUCAAGGCCUGUUUGAGUGGCUUUGAGGCAAUAACAAGACGAGGAGGGUCAUGUACUGAGCAGGGAGGAGAGUCUAAACUGCAGUAAUAAUGCAUUGAGCAGUGCAAAGCACAAAUAGUAUUUGAAAGAUUGUUUAACUUGUAACAAAUUGUCUGUUUUACUGAAUAUGACACCCAAACUGAAGGUUCUGGUCAGCAUCCCUGAGAACGUAUUGGUGUUUUUAAAAGCAGCAAGCUAAUACCCAAAAUGAAUAAGGGCUGAUGAUGAUUGAUAAGCUAAUGACAUAAGGGCACAAAUAAUGAGCUGUUGGCUGAAAUAUGGAAUCAAAUACCUCUAUUGAUCAGACUUCAGCUGUUUUUAGAAUCAUGAUUUCAACGGAGUGACAACCUUCAUUCUUGACCAGACGGCUAUAAUAGGACUGUUGUCCUGACUCGGUCUCUUAGUCCUUUUGAGUGACUACAACCUCCAGUUCCAAAACCAACUCAGCCUUGAGAGGAAAAAUACAGAGAGCUGCUCACCAAGUAAACACUAGGGAGAGACAUUGGCGUCACAAAAAACAUGCAGUUUUAACUCCAGGCAUUUUGUCCAGCAAAUUUAACCUGGAAUUUAGGGCACUGGAGCUAUUUUGGUGCCGUUCCCAUAUCUUUAUACUUGCAUGCAUGCUAGUAGUGAACAAUGAGAGGCAUAAGCUGAGUUGUGUGACUCUGUAUCAUAACCCUGUUUUUCAGAAUAUGGCCAUGGUCAGUUAAUAUUGCUGUAAGUGUGCAUGAUUGGGAUAAAAGUGCUAAUAUUUCUAUUGUCUGUGCAUCUCUAUUGAGAGUUCGAAGUAUUAUUGACCAACUUUGGUUGCGUAUGAAUUUCAGAAAUUGUAACGAUACAUUUUUAAGUGAUCGUGACCAAGAUGAGUAUUACUCUUUUUUUUUCCCCUUAUGCUGUCAUUGUGCAAACCAUACGUUCUGAUGGUUCAUAUUUAUAAUUUACUUUUAUUUGGUACUUCUAGAUGUAGCUUUAAGGUAAGCAACUUUUUUUUCAAUAGUGUAUUUCUUCAUGACUUGUCCUGACUGCUAGUUUCGUAUUCAGCUUGCAUUCAGGUCGAGGACUUCUAAAUGCGUCAUUUCAUUCAAAACCCAGUGAGCUAUUGGGACUGGGCUACUCAGUCCAGCCAGAUUGUUGUUUGCAUGAUGUGGAUAUUAAGCAGCAAAUACACUGGCAUGAUUUCCAUAUACUGUAACACUCAAGACUACAGGGAUGUACUGUGUGUUUAUACCAAACUAGCAUUUCCAUACCGAGAAGCACUUGUAUUGUGUGACAUAGGAUGAAAGGGUUUCUGGCUGGCAUACAAUGUAUUUCUCACUGAAAUGUCUCAUUAUGUUUAUGAACUAUAAAGGCUGAAGGUGGUAAUGUAUGUGACUUACAUUGGUCUGUAUUACCUACAGUCAUUCCUAUGCCUCAGUACGAGAGCAUUUUGAAUUAUUCAAUGGCUGUAAAUAUUCAUUGUUGAAUAUCACAGCACACUGAUAUCAGUUACUGAAUAUCAGGUUGUUUGUGUUUUUGGAUUUGAUGCCAGUACUUUUGCUCUCAUCUUCCAUGGAAAAAACAAGGUCAUCACAUUCCCUAAUGGCAUUGGCUCUACAGAGAGAAAAUGAAAUGUCCCUUUCAGCAUGCAACCCCACUUCCUGUGUCUCUACACCAUUAUAUAUUUAAAUGUUUUGGUACGAAUGACACAAUGAUUUGCCAGAUGUACAUAUUUUUUGUAUCAGCAUGUUAGGAUCCUGAUUAAUAAACUAUUAUAAGUUCAUGAAA